AUGAACAAAAAUGGAACAGCUAAAAUGAAUGAUAAUCAAAUUAAAGCAGAAGGUAGAAGGUUAUUUAAACGCUUCUAUAACAUUCCUGAUGGUGUUAAUCCUAAAACUCGUAGAAGCUAUUUAAAUGAAGCAAUAGAUGCAUAUGAAGGGUUUGACAUUUCAUCAGAAAGUGAGAGGUUAGCAAGAAUGUUAAACGUUAAUAUUGAUUUUUAUUAUUGUGACCCUCAACCAGAAGACGUAGACAUUAACAAGGUAGACUUUCCAUUAGUGGAAUCAAUAAUGAUAGAUCCAGAAUUUGAAACAGUAAAUAUUUUAUUAACACAGAGUCCAUGUGGAAAACUUCACGCUGACAGAAUAACAGACGUUGAAGCACUCACCGGCUAUAAAGUUUGCCCCUUUUGCAAAGAAGAAGUAUAUUCUAUCCGUGAUGAUCCAGAAAGGAAAAACCAAAGAAGAUUUUUAAAACAUUGUGAGAAAUGUAAAGAAAAUAAUGGAAGAUUAAUUCAAGACGUUCAAUUGCAAAACACACAACAACCAUAUGCACCACAUAUCACGAAACAGAAGAUAUAUCAAUGGCUAUUAGCACAUAAUUUGCAGGAAUAUUAUAAACCAACAAGAUAUUAUAUUACUUUUGACUUCGAAACAUUAGAGACUAAAGAAGAACUUCAACUUUCUGAAUGUGCAACUUUGAACGCUUACUUAAAACCAUUCAUGGUAUCAUCAACUGUCAAAAUAAAGCCGCAAAGCGGCGAGGUCGUAGACCGUGAUAAAACAUUUACGAGGAAUUUUUGCUUAACUUCAAGUGAUUCGUUCAUCUCUGAUUGGAUUGAGUUUUUAUUUUCAACCUGUUCAUUAGUUGCUAAAUCAAAUAUUGAACAAUAUGAAGAAUUAAUGAAGUCACAAACAUUAAAUGAAAAACAAAGGAAGCAUUUAAAGAACUUCUAG